AGACUGGAAAGCUGAACACUCCCUGUAUUGCUUAAUGCAGAUUUUCGUUUUGUUUUAGAUAUUUCACUGUAUCCACUCAGUACUUGGAGGGUAUUAAGUGGACAUAGUCAACAGACUCUUGUUGGUUUGGAUAAAGCCCAAGCCAGGGCUUUCUAAGGCCACCGGACCUACAGAGAUGGCAAGUCGUUGCUUCUGCUCUCUAUUUUUCAUAGUUCUGGCUCCGGGUUUUCUUUAUGGCGAUUUCUCAAAGCCUGCUAUACACGCCACCAACCACAAACGUCUAAAGAGAGAGUGGGUCUGGAAUAAUCUGCACAUUAGAGAAAAUCUUAAUGUGACACUACCUCACCAUGUUGGGAAGAUCAAAUCAACUAUACAGAAUCCCAAUGCUAAGUAUGUUCUCGAAGGAGAAGGUGCAGGGACUUUAUUCCGAGUUAAUGACCAUACCGGCGAUGUGGCUGUGAACGAAAGGUUGGAUCGAGAAAAGAAAGCCGUAUAUCAGCUGAAGGCUCUCAUUAUUGAUCGCAAUACCAAUCAAUAUCUGGAGCCACCUUCCACAUUUCAAAUUGUCGUCCUCGACGAUAAUGACAACGCACCAGUGUUUGAACAAAAAGUCUUUAAUGGGUCUGUUGCAGAAAUGUCAGCACUAGGAACCUCGGUUACUAAGGUGACUGCUGUAGAUGCUGAUGAUCCAACCAUCCAUGGCCACACAGAUGUUUUCUACAAAGUUAUUCAGGGGAACCAGUACUUCAGAAUAGAUAAAUUUGGUACAAUUUAUACAGCUGCACCUGAUAUGGACAGAGAAAAAAACUCCACAUAUACAAUUGUAAUAGAAGCAAUGGAUGGCAAGGGUCUGCACUCAGCAGAAUCAGGCACUGCUACAGUUCGCAUUCGGCUGAUUGAUAUCAAUGACAACUUCCCAACAUUUAGGCGAGACAGCUUCACGUUCCAAGUCCCUGAAAAUAUCAGGCUAGGGAGUAAAGUUGGCAGCCUGGAAGUUGAUGACAUUGAUGAGCCACAAAAUAGACAUACAAAGUACAGUUUUGUACAAGGGCGUUACCAAGACACCUUUGAAAUCGAACCCAACCCUGAAACAAAUGAAGGAAUAAUUCGACCCAAGAAGCUGCUGGAUUUUGAAACGAUAUCCACGUACAGUUUCCUUGUUGAAGCAACUGAUGCUGACAUUAACUACGCAUAUUCCAGAACAAAGGGGUCCAAAAGCCUUGCAAGCUUAACUAUCAAAGUCAUCGACAUUGAUGAACCUCCUGUCUUUCUUCAACCAUCAUACACAUUUUCGCUAAAAGAGGAAACUGUUCUCAAGAAGUCUAUUGGAUGUGUUUCUGCAAACGAUCCUGACAAAGCAAAACGAGGAAUAAGAUAUUCUGUUUUAAGGACCAAGUAUUUUGAAAUAUCUACCAAUGGGUGCAUUUUUGCCCCAAAGCCCCUGGACAGAGAAGAAUACGCCUGGCAUAACAUCACAGUGGCAGCCAAUGAAGUCGGCCAAAACAAUAUGAUAGUGCCUAACCUAGAAACCCAUGUACCAGUCUACAUUAAGGUUGAAGACAUUAAUGACAAUGCACCAGAAUUUGCUGAACCUUAUAACCCUCACGUGUGCGAAAAUGCUGCACAAGGAACGGUGAUCAUACAGAUUUCUGCUGUGGACAAGGAUGAAAUGUCACCCAGAGUAAAAUUCAAGUAUUCCUUGGUCUCUGAAGAGAGCAACUUCACUCUCGUUGAUAAUCAUGAUAACACAGUGAAUGUCACUGUCAAAUAUGGACAGUUUAAUCGAGAGCUAGUCAAAACCCAUUACUUGCCUAUCAUCAUCUCUGACAAUGGCUCACCCCAGCAGAGCAGCACAAGCACCCUUUCCAUCCGUAUCUGCAAAUGCGAUGAGGAAGGCAAUGCCAUGGUUUGCGAAGAGGCAGCUAAACAAGUUGGAGUCACCUUCGAAGCCCUGGUGGCCAUCUUUGUGUGCUUCCUUAUCAUCAUCGUGAUCAUGCUGCUCAUAGCCUGGAGGAAGAGACACAAAAAGGACCUGAACGUUCUCAAGAAGAACGUGGAAGAGAUCCAUGAGCAGCUGGUGGCCUAUGAUGAAGAAGGGGGUGGUGAGAUGGAUACUACCAGCUAUGAUGUUUCAGUCCUCACCUCAGCAUGCCAGAGAGGAAUGGUGUCACCGAGGAUGACCAUGGAGACCAAACCAUGUGUCUACAGCCAAAUACAAAAGCCCCCUAGAAAUGGACUUUCGCACACUGGAGAAAUGGGCAUUAUGAUUGAGGUGAAAAAGGAUGAAGCUGACAAUGAUGGGGAUUUACUACCCUAUGACACUCUCCACAUAUAUGGUUAUGAAGGUGCCGAGUCCAUUGCAGAAUCUCUCAGCUCUUUGGGAUCUGGAUCUUCAGACUCAGAUAUUGAUUACGAUUUUCUGAAUGACUGGGGUCCCAGGUUUAAAAUGCUAGCUGAGAUUUAUGGAUUGGAACCCAACGAAGACCUUGUGUACUGAGUGUUGUCAACAGGUUUUCCCAGCCUUUAGCAAUAGAUUGGGAGACUGUCAGUUCAGAAGAUAGGACCAGUCAGCUCUUCAUACAUUUUCCUUACACAAACUGGGUCUACAUAUACUUGCAGAGAAGAUUAUCAAGCCUUAGAUAAUCAGGAUGAUAUAAACCAAUAAUGAAACCAGGGUCAUAGAAACAAGAACAAAAAAAAGCCCUGUUGCAUAAUGGGAAAUUUAAAAGGUUUAAUGUGGAAAUACAUUUUAUUUAUGGCAUAAAUGUUCUCUUGUUGAGUGAAAGAUUAGAAGGCACCUGAGCUUCCAUACACUCUAACUAUUCUAAUGAACUUCAUUAUCAGUCGAAAUCCCACACCAAGAGACCUCUGAGGGCGGUCUUUAUUAUUUCUAUUUUACUGGUGGGAAAAUGCAACUGAGAGACAGAGGUUUACAGAGCUUGGAAAGAUUGCAUUUUGAACUGCAACAUCCAGAAAUCCCCAUCUAGCAUAGCAACUGGUUGUAACAUUUUCCAUGUUCUAGUGAUUUUCCAUGUUCUAGUGAUUUACCUCCCUGCAAAUUCAUGGGAGAUAUUUGAACACAGGUCAUAUUACUUCAUGUCAUGUAAGUAUAAGACAUUAAACACACUACCCAACUCAAGGGUAGUCCUCACUUCCUCAUAUGGUUGUAUUUCCAUCCAUAUGCAGCUCCCGCAAGCAUUGAUGCUGGAACACACAGUGAUGUGAACACACACAUACACCAUAGAAUCAUUCUGUAUUCAUCAUUGUCAUCUCUUUUAAUCCCUUAUCUGUAUCUGAUAAUGGCACAAUAACACACAUUCUUAUAUUCUUCACAUUCUUCAAAAGAUAACACUCAUCGGUCUGGGGAAAACCCACCUCCUACUGCCUCAAGAAGGAAAUCCUAGUUGUUUCUUUCCUGUGAUAAAAUAGUAUUUAAUUAUACAUAUCUUUAAUUCCACCCAUCUUUCAUUCUAGAUAUAUACUACCCCUAAUUCAAAAGCUCUACUUGGUUCUAGAAGAUCUACUUGGAACUGAAAGUGUCCGUUUCUUUAAAAGCCACAUUGGCCAUUUGUUGUUGUUAUUUACUGCCAAGUCAAGUUCAAUGUGUGGUGAUCCUAUGAAUGACAGAUCUUCAAAUUCCCCAGUCAUCAAUAGCUAUGCUUAAGAUUUCCAGAUAUAGGGCCGUGGCUUUCUUGAUUUAAUCAAAUAAUGCCAUCUCCCACAUUUCCUACUACCUUCCAAUUUACUAAGCAUUAUAAUCUUUUCCCAAUGAGUCAUGUCAUCUCAUAAUGUGUCCAAAGUACAAUAGGCUUAGUUUAGUCACCCAGCACCAUGCCAUGGACCUGCUACCGCUGCAUGCGUCUUACCUUCCUUUGCCAUUGCCAUUACUGAGCAGACCCUGUCACCGUGUUACGUGACCAGGUGUCCUGUUUCCACUUCAGAUGCAUCAACAGGGGUCUGCUUAGAAGUGGGAAUGGUGGAGGAAGGUAAGGAGCAUGUGGGUCCAUCAGGUCAUAAGGAACACAUGGGUCCAUGUGGUCUGCCAAAGGUUGCUACAGAGUUUUACAGGGUCAUUUUGACCCAUACUAAAGUCCCUUUGGCGGGUUACAGAUGGCCCUCUAGGGGUCGUUUUCCCGCCGCCGCCAUUCGCUGAGGAGGGAAGCCCCAGCAGCCAGACCGUGAGGCUUCCCUUCGCAGCAAAAAAGGAGCGCCGAAAUGGCGCUCCUUUUCGGAACGCGGAAGUGGCGCCGCAAGGGGCGGAGCACGCCCUCGCUUCCGCCGCGACACGUCUGGAUGCACAGCGUCCAAGACGUCAAAAUGGCGGCGCCCAUGCCAUAAAAUCCCAUGUUAAUUGUUUUACUCGACCAUUCUGGUUAUCAUAUGUGAAACCAAAGUGCCUUUCCUGGUAAUUAUUUUAUCCAUGAAAGAUGGACCUAUGGCUUUACUGGAGUCUAUUUCUACCCUUGUUAGCAUGAGAGCAAAGAACACUCUGGCCCUGUGUGCCAUCAACACCAUACCCAGUUUUGCAGGAUCUGUAGUGUGAUAAGAUGAAAUAGUUUAGCAGAUUUUGUUGUAUAUUUAAUGUUUAAUUUUUUUAUAUUAUCAUUUUUACAGUAGUAGUUAAUGCAUAUAAGAGAAUAAUCUUAGAAAUACAGUAGAACCUCAGUAGUUUGCAUUUCAUAAAUGCAUCCUUGUUCCAGUUUGUAACAUAGAUCAGUAGCCUUCAGGUUUUUGCUUUCCAGAUCUUUUGGACUUUAGGCUCCCAAAAUUCAUGACUAUUGGUCAAGCUAGCCAGAGCUUCUGGGAGUUGAAAUCCAAAUAACUGGAGGACCAACAUUUGAAAACCAGUGGUAUAAGAAGCUUCUUUGAAAUUCUUCUUUGCCAAGGGCUAUGUCAAGGCUGAAUCUAACCAGCUGCAAAUUGUACCAUAUUGUUGUUUUGUGUUUUUAAGACCUGCAAUUGUAUACAGUUACCUGGGAAGACUUUUAUGUAAAGAUGCCCAGGGCUGUUCUAUAAGUCUUGUUCAUGCAUCCCCAAAUUGCUGAGCACCACUGUUUUGCUCUUGCAACGUUAUAUUAGAGUAGGUUUACUCUGCAAAAUUGAGUUCAUGUAUCAGCAUGGUUCUACUAAAGAAUAUAUUGUGGAUUUUUUAAAAAUAUUCCUACUAACAAUAAUACCCAUCUGUAAUUAACCAAUUUGCUGUUUAACUAAUGUGAUUAAUUAUAACAUUAUUAGAGCACCUGUUUAUAGAUUUUAUGAAUAAUAUCUAGGGACACCCCCCCCAAAAUGUCUUAUGAACACUAUAUUUUGUAUUCCAUAUGUGUUGAAACUUUUAUAAGUACUGACUUUGUUUUCUACUGUACAUCAAUGUUUUUUGCACUGGUGAGUUUCAUUUGUAUUUAUGUUGUACCUGCAUGUUUUUUUUACCUACAUAAAAAAGCCAA